AUGAAUUGUGUAAAAUUAAAGAAUUAUAUUGGUAUUUUGGUUGGAAAAUGUAAUAAUUUUUUAAAAAUAAAUAAAUUUAAUGUGCAUGUUAUGUAUACUAAUGAAAAUUUAGCUUAUAACAAAUAUCUACAUUUUAAAAAUGUGAUGGAAAAAAAAACAAAUUAUAAUAACAAUAAAAUAGUUUUGAUAGAUAUAGAAAAAGAAGGAGAAAAAUAUAUGCGAAAAAAAAUAAAUAACAGUAUGAUUGGAGGUGUGUUAUUAACAUCAUUGACAAUAGGGUUAGUAGAAUUAAAUAUAAUACCAAAUUUAUUUGGUUUAUUUAUAUCAAUAGGAAUAAUAACUUUUUAUAUAAUUUAUUUUUUUUUUUAUAAUUCUAUAAUAUUAAGAGCUGUAUUAGAUUAUCAAAAUAAAAGUUUAUUGUUAUAUCCCUUUAUGAUUUUUAAAAGGGCCAAUUUAAAAAAACAAAUAAUUAUAUCUCUCCAUGAAAUUAAUAAAAUUAAUAAAAUUAAUAACUAUAUACAAAUAUAUUUAAAAAAAAAUAAUACACAAAUAAAUCAUAAAGGAAUGGCUAGCUUUUUUUCUUUUUUUAAUAAUAUAUUUCCUAUACAUAUACCUAGAUAUACAUUAUCAAAGACAACUAAAGAACGAGAAAAAAAUAUAGACAUAUUAUAUCCUUAUGAUUUUAACAAUUUAAAUAUAUCAGUUUUUAAUAAAAAUAAAACAUCUUUUAAAAAUAUUCCAACUAUAAAAAAGACUGAACAAGGAUAUCCCUUGAAUCUGAUGGAAGAAAAUAACUUAAUUGCUCUCCUCAAAUUGUAG